AUGGUGCUCGCAUUGCCUGUGCGAGAGGGCGCGCUGCCCCCUGGCAGGCAGACGACAGUGGUUCGGUCAUGGGAGCAUGUCCCAGUGUCAGCCAGGUUGCAGCGAAUGAUGGUCGGUUGGAUGACCAACUCCUUGAUGGGCUUAAUCUUGGCCAGGGUCGGUGUGGCCACCAUGAAAGCAGCUCCGCUGCUGUCGCUGCUGGUGGUCCUUCGACGUAGUUGGCGCUUGAAUCAGAUCAUGGUGCGGACACACAGGUCCAAGUUCUGGAUCUUGACGCGGUCCUCUCUGGAGCUCUGGGCUCUCUUCGAGCUGGCCUUCUGGAUCUACUGCAGGUGGAAGAAGCGCAGCCUGGAGGCCAGGCGCGCCUACGCCCCGAACGUGCUCUGGAAGUCGCCAGGCGAGAGGAUGCGUCUGUUGGAGAACUUCUUGUCCAACACGGAGAGGAUCCAUGCUGGCCAGGGCUGGGCCGGCAACAAGCGUGAUCGGCAACGCCGCGCCUGGGCAAAGCAUGAAGGCGCUGGGCUGUUCAACUUUUGGAGUCGCCACAAGCGCAGACCGUCGGAUGGCAAGGAGGCGAGGGCCAAGCUGAUGUCCGAUCCCUCAGUGGAGAACUUUCUGCGCCUGGCUGAUGAACCAGAGCCUGGAUUCUGGUAUCUUCCAGCCACGAGCGCGCCGAAGCCGGCAGCCGCCAGAGCUCGUCCACCUGCACUGCGGCCGAUAUGCCAGGCCCCGUCGGUGGAGAACCUCCUCCGAUUGCGUGAGGCCGACGAAGUCGGAACCCCACGCAGCCCUGGAGAAGUGGACGUACAAUGUUUGAAGCAUCUGGAGCUCUGCUCAUGGUUUUCAAUCUUGUCCGCGGGCAAGAGGGUGAUUUGCAAAGACGUUCGCCUGAUUGGCCGCGGAAACAUAGAGCAGUGGAUCCUCUCCUAUUUCUUCGAUGGAGCCGAGUCUGCUGCGGAGCUCUCCGAUCCUGAAGUCCUUGAACUAGACGAGCUGGUCGAGGCGGUCGCAUCCUGGGCCGCUCUCCCUUUGAGCGACAUGCCCAACUGGCCUGGAAAGAACGAAGGCUUAAGAUGCUUCCGCCUGAGGAAUGAUCCAUUUCCAGCAGUGCAUCGUCCACUGCUGGCAUAUGUGAACACUGCCCUGGUGGCACCGGCGCUGGGUCACCAGGCUCUGAGCCUGUUGGGCUUCCACCCCUACCGGUCAGGAAGCACGGAGUACUGGCUGCGACCUGCAGGCGUGCGCAGUCAGGAAAGGGCCGGCGUCGGCCGGCCGCGCUUGCUCGAGUCUGGUAAGGCUCUGGUCUUCUGCCACGGAGUUGGAGUGGGACCUGCAAUGUGCCUUACCUUCCUGCAGAGGCUCACGAGGACCUUGGGCCAGGACCAUCCAAUCUUCCUGGUCGACACCGCAGGCAUCUCCAUGAGGUUUUCAGACGACGUCCCGGGUGCCCACGAGGUGGCUGCGAACAUCCGGAACAUGCUCCAGGUCUGGGGCCUGCAAGAGGCGCACUUCAUUGGGCACUCCUUUGGGGCCUUCGUGGUGGCCUGGGUCCUGCGCUACGCACACAGCUGCGUGGCAAGGACCACGCUCAUCGACCCCGUUUGCUUCUUGCUGCUCAAGGUGCUCGUUCAAGGCCACGAGCUUCAACAGGUUCGACAUGACACCGGCAUGGACCCGAUGGAGAUUGUGCUGAAAUACUUCGUUAUGACAGAGCUUUUCAUUUGCAACUUUGUCUGCCGCUGCUUCUUCUGGGAAGAAUCGCAUCUGGACAUGCAGGACUUGGAAGGCACUGCAGCCCUCAUCGUUCUGGAGUCUGAAGAUCUUGUUGUCCCGACCUACUCCGUGCGAAGCCUCGUCUACGCAGAGCAGCGGCGCAGGGCCAAGUUGACGGAGUCGGCGCGACCUCAGGCCCAGCUGGAGCUGCACUGGAUCGAGGACCAACCGCAUGCAGGCUUUCUGCUGGAUGCAGUGGCCAAUCAGGAAGUAUGUGAGCAGCUCCAGGCAUUCCAUGAAUCGUGA